GGGUCAUUGCAAUCUCUUCCCACCCCACCCAUUGUAGGAGGCAACUCGUUUUCCCCUUUUAACAGAGGCAGCAAGGCACGGGACUUUCAGAAGCCAAGGCUGCAGCAGCUAGUGAGUGACCACUGGUGCCGACCGGACCAGCCAUGGAACUGAGUGUCACCGCUGUGAUCUUAGCUCUGACUGCAAUCCUCUGUCUUUACUGCUGGAACAACAGGGGGAAGAGAAGCCGGCUGCCCCCGGGACCCCCCGCCUUCCCACUCAUCGGCAACUCGCUAAACAUCGACAAGCGAGCCCCUGAUCGCUCACUAAUCCAGCUCGGCAGGAAGUACGGCCCGGUGUUCACCAUCUGGCUGGGCCCCAGGCCCGCCGUGGUGCUCUGCGGAUACAAGGCCGUGAAGGAGGCUCUUGUCAACCAGGCAGACGAUUUUGGUGCCCGGGGAACGGUCCCCUCGAUCAGCAAGGUGACGAGAGGAUACGGGAUCGCCAGCAGUAACGGCCCGCGGUCCCGCCAGCUGCGCAGCUUCGCCAUCACCGCCCUCGGUCACCGCGGCAACGGCACGUCGACGCUGGAAGGGUUCGUGCAGCAGGAGGCGGAGACGCUGGUGGAAGCCUUCACAAAGACCCAAGAGUUGCCCUUUGACCCCACCUUCCGGCUCACGUGUGCCACGGCCAACAUCAUGUGCGCCGUGGUCUUUGGCUGCCGCUUUGACCACACGGACCCCAAGCUGCUGGCUCUACUCCACAUGAUGGAUGAAAACAUGAAGGUCAUCAGUAGCCCUUGGGGGCAGCUCUACGAUCUGCUCCCAAACCUCCUGGACUGCCUCCCAGGUCCGCACAACAGGCUCUUCGAAAAUGCGAAUAAAAUAAAGAGCUUCCUGAGAGAAAUGAUCCAACUGCACAAGGACACGCAUAGGGAGGGCACGCCACGCGACUUCAUCGAGAGUUUCCUCGCCAAGAUGGAGGAGGAGGAAAGUAACCCGAGAUCGGAGUUCAACGAUGAGAAUCUUCUCCUGUCCACGUUUAACAUCUUUCUUGCCGGGACUGACACCACGGGCUCCACCAUGCGCUGGGGGCUCCUGCUCUUUCUCAAAUACCCAGAGGUGCAGGAAAAGAUACAAAGUGAGAUUGAUCGGGAAAUCGGGAUGGAUCGCACACCGUGCAUGGGAGACCGGGAGAAGAUGCCGUACACCAAUGCCGCCAUCCAUGAGAUCCAGCGAUACGCCAACAUCAUCCCUCUCAACCUCCCCCACACCGUCACCAGAGACACAGAGUUCCGGGGAUUCCUGAUCCCAAAGGGAAUGCUUGUGAUUCCACUGCUGUCUUCUGUUUUGUACGAUCCCAGUUGCUGGGAGACUCCAGAAUCGUUCAACGUCCACCAUUUUCUGGAUGAGAGGGGUCAGCUGAAGCACAAGGAUGCCUUCCUGCCAUUUUCAACAGGGAACCGAAUGUGUAUCGGUGAGAAGGUGGCUGAGAUGCAACUCUUCAUCUUCCUAACCACCCUGCUACAGAAGUUCACCUUCAGGUCGCCGGUGGAACCCUCUGCCAUUGACAUCAGUCCCCUGUCGAGUGGGUUCUCCACGCUGCAUCACCCCUACCAGCUCUACUGCAUUCCCCGAAGGCCAGCCAGCGAGUGAAGUUGCCAAGACCGCCACACGCACACACACACACGAUCCGCCAAGUGUUGGCGCGCUAUAAGUAAAGGCAGGAAAUGCCGGAAACCCAGAUCAAGUCAGGCAGCAUCUGCGGAGAGAGAAUCGACGUCACUAGCUCACCGUGACGAUUUUCAUCAGACUAGGAAAUUUUGAAAAACGGACAAAUGGUGGAGAAGUGGGGGAAUGACAGCACAUCCCUUUAGGAAGGAGAUGAGGAGGAAUUUAUUUAGCCAGAGGGUGGUGAAUCUGUGGAAUUCAUUGCCACAGAAGCCUGUGGAGGCUAAUUCAAUGGAUAUUUUCAAGGCGGAGAUUGACAGAUUCUUGAUUAGUACGGGUGUCAGGGGUUACGGGGAGAAGGCAGGAGAAUUGGGGUUGAGAGGGAAAGAUAGAUCAGCCAUGAUUGAAUAGAUUUGAUGGGCCGAAUGGCCAAAUUCUGCUCAUAUAACUAAAAAAUACGUGAAUUAAGACCAUAAAACAUAGGAGCAGAUUUAGGCCAUUCAGCCCAUUGAGUCUGCUCUGCCAUUCGAUCUAUUUUUCCUUCUCAAACCCAUUCUCCUGCCUUCACACCAUCACCUUUGACGCCCUUGAUAAUCAAGAACCUCUGCCUUAAAAGUGCCAAUGUCUUGGUCUCCGCUGCCAUCUGCGGCAAUGAAUUCCACAGAUUUACCAUUCUCCAGUUAAAGAAAUUGCUUCUCAUCUCCAUUGUAAAGGUACGUCCUUUUAUUCUGAAGGGAAUAUAUGGCGGAGCAUUCGAGCAAAUACUGUAGACACUGCCUGGCAUUCUCGGGAUUCUCCUUUAUGUCAGCAACUGUUACUUUGUCCAUCCAACCUUUCCAAUAAUGUGUAGGAAGGAACUGCAGAUGCUGGUUUGGACCGAAGAUAGACACAAAAUGCUGGAGUAACUCAGCGGGACAGGCAGCAUCUCUGGAGAGAAGGAAUGGGUGAUGUUUCAGGUUAAGGAUGUUUAGAAGGAUGAGAGGGCAUCUCAUUGAAACAGAUAAGAUUGUUAAGGGUUUGGACACGCUAGAGGCAGGAAACAUGUUCCCGAUGUUGGGGGGGGUCCAGAACCAGGCAGUCGUUCCAGGUGCGACAAAGGUUCACCUGUAUCUCCUCCAACCUCAUCUACUGCAUCCGCUGCUCUAGACGUCAGCUGAUUUACAUCGGGGAGACUAAGCGGAGGUUGGGCGAUCGUUUCGCAGAACACCUCCGCUCAGUCCGCAAUAACCUACCUGACCUCCCGGUGGCUCAGCACUUCAACUCCCCCUCCCAUUCCCAAUCCGACCUCUCUGUCCUGGGUCUCCUCCAUUGCCAGAGUGAGCAACACCGGAAAUUGGAGGAACAGCACCUCAUAUUCCGCCUGGGUUGCUUGCAUCCGGUUGGCACGAACAUUGAAUUCUCCCAAUUUUGCUAGCCCUUGCUGUCUCCUCCCCUUCCUUAACCCUCGAGCCGUCUCCUCC